AGGUUCAUUUCCACUGCACCACAACGGGAACUCCCAUGAGCUCCAGGGGUCUUAAAGGUGGCAUAACAGAGAACUAGGAACUAGUGUGAGAGUAGUAUUAUGUUCACCUGUCUUUGAGAUGGAUGUGGUUUGUGCUAUCAUCCACGUGUAACUGAUGAGGGAACCAGAGGCAAAACAAGUUUAGGAACUUGCAUUUGGUUACGUAAUAAAUUAGAGGCAUCACUCAAAGCUUUCAACUUUUUCCAGACCAGGCAGCUUCCUAGGCAGGGCACUGGGUGAAUGUCUUUUUUGGCUAUGUCCGUGGCAUGUGGAAGUUCCUGGGCCAGGGAUCAAACCUGCAUCACAGCAGUGACAACGCUGGAUCCUUAACCUGCUGAGCCACCAGGGAACUCCCAUCCACUGCUCUUUGAAGAAGCCCAGCUGGGCACUCUCUCCAAAUUCUCUUAGAGAACCUCCCCACCCAAUUCUAGAAGUCUCUGAACUAGGAGUCAUGAGCCAUUUGAAAAAUUGGAAAACAUCGUUGCCACCAAGCUAGUCUAUGUGAGUCACUCUGACAGUCCCUUGGAGUAACCGCAGAUUCCAGGGAGGGCCCUUGAUCACCAGCCCCUUGUCCCAUGCAUUCUCAGGAACUGGGAGCAAGAGGUCCAGACGAAAGAGCUGGAGCUUCAUUCUUAAUGGAAUGGAGAGCCACUGAAAAUGUUAAGCCAGGUGAUGGCAGGGGCCAGGUGUAUCUUUGUUCUCUUCAGAGAAGAUAAACUGUGAGGCAGAGGAGAGAAUGGAGUGGAGAGUGAGUCAAGGGUGGAAAUGAGAAGGGGCCUGGUAGCCCAAUCUGAGUUCAGCCUUUGCUGAAACACCCCUUCAUUUCACAAGCAGGAGCCUUCGUCACAUGCUUGCCGAGGUUCCGAGGCUUCAUCCUGUUGAUCACCUUCUUCAUCUACACCUGUUAUCACAUGUCCAGGAAGCCCAUCAGUGUGGUCAAGAGUCGUCUGCAUCACAACUGCUCAGGAAUAAUCCAGCCCACCAACAACACCCACAGUAUCAACGACACCACGUGGUGCAACUGGGCCCCAUUUGAUCAGAGCAACUACAAGGAGCUCCUGGGGGCCGUGGACAAUGCCUUCCUCGUGGCCUAUGCUAUCGGCAUGUUUAUCAGCGGUAUUUUUGGGGAGCGGCUCCCCCUGCGUUACUACCUCUCAGCCGGAAUGCUGCUCAGCGGCCUUUUCACCGCACUCUUUGGCCUGGGCUAUUUCUGGAACAUCCACGUGCUCUGGUACUUUGUGCUUGUCCAGAUCUGCAAUGGACUUGCCCAGACCACUGGCUGGCCCUCCGUGGUGGCCUGUGUUGGCAACUGGUUUGGGAAGGGGAAGCGAGGGCUCAUCAUGGGCAUCUGGAAUUCCCAUACGUCCGUGGGCAACAUCCUGGGCUCCCUGAUCGCUGGCAUCUGGGUGGAUGAGCAGUGGGGCCUGUCCUUCAUAGUUCCUGGCAUCAUCACAGCCAUCAUGGGCCUCAUCACCUUCUUCUUCCUCAUCGAAUACCCAGAAGACGUGGACUGCACCCCUCCUCAGCACCACGUCGAGUCAGAAGACAGCCAGGACCUCCCUGAGGACUCCCACUCCAACAGGGACAGCAGCCUGGAAUCUGCUGUCACCUACUCUAAGGAGCCAGGCGCCCAGCCUGCUGCCAUCAGCUUCUUUGGGGCGCUCCGGAUCCCGGGUGUGAUCGAGUUCUCCUUGUGUCUGCUCUUUGCCAAGCUGGUCAGUUACACCUUCCUGUACUGGCUGCCCCUCUACAUCUUCAAUGUGGUUCACUUUACUGCCAAGGAGGCUGGGGACCUGUCCACACUCUUCGAUGUUGGUGGCAUCAUAGGCGGCAUCCUGGCGGGGCUCAUCUCUGACUACACCAAUGGCAGGGCCACCACCUGCUGCGUCAUGCUGAUCUUGGCUGCCCCCAUGAUGUUCCUGUACAACUCCAUUGGCCAGAGGGGGAUCAGCAUCUCCAUAGUCAUGCUGAUUAUCUCUGGAGCCCUGGUCAACGGCCCUUACGCGCUCAUCACCACUGCUGUCUCAGCUGACCUGGGGACUCACAAGAGCCUGAAGGGCAAUGCGAAGGCACUCUCCACUGUCACGGCCAUCAUCGACGGCACAGGGUCCAUAGGUGCGGCUCUGGGGCCUCUGCUGGCCGGGCUCAUUUCCCCCACAGGCUGGAACAAUGUCUUCUACAUGCUCAUCUCUGCCGACAUCCUGGCCUGCUUGCUCCUCUGCCGGUUGGUGUACAAAGAGGUCCUGGCCUGGAAGUCAUCCCUGCACCGAGACAGAGGCUCUAGUGUGGCCCUAACCCAUGCGCGAUAGUAUUUUCCUCAAGUCCCAUGACUUUUGUAUAGAGAAAUAUGAGGCCCCGAUCAGAACAGAAGCAUGGAGGGCCCUUGCCGGCUCCCAAAGUGCAACCCCCGCAGAUGGUUGAGGCCAAGCCUCUCGACCCAACAGCAGCCGGCCCUGCCCACAGGGCUGCCAAGGGCUAAGAGACUCCACGGGAAGGGGACCAACCGCCACGCUGGAGGACACAGACCACUCAAGGGCCUUGUUGGAGGACGGAGGGAAUACAAAGUGCCCACCAAACUGAGAAGGCUUCUUGAGGCCGAAAAAAAUGAAGCAGGCAGCUCUGUGCAAUCAGUGGGUCAGUUUAUUAUAGGGUCACUUCCUCACAGGGUGGGAUGGGGACAAGGAUAGGGCGGACGAUGCUCUGGGCACCGUGCGCAUGGUCCCAGGGGCCAUUGGGGCGAUUUUACAGUUAAGCUAGGCUAGGGAGGCGGGUGCUUAGAAGCAGGACAUGCAUUCCUGAGUUAGGAUUUAAGAUUGGGUAACCAGCCCCGUGGGUGCCGGGAAUACGUCAGGGAAGGUUUCCAUCAUUGUUUGGGGACUAACAGAGCAUAGAAGCUCCCCGGUCCUAAUGAUUAUUCAACAAUAUCUAUUAACCACAAAGCUUUGAUGACAGAGAAGUGUUUUACUGCACACUAGAGUCCUGGGUAGGGGCCACAGAAGGAGAGGAGAAACCAGGGCCUAAGAUGGUAUCGGUUAUGUCGACAGCAAGAUAGGCCUGAGCUCUGGAGGCGGCAAGCGGAAGGAAUAGGGUUCAGGGCUGAGUGGUGUCUCCUCUGUGGUAUAACAAGGAUGUGCUCAGAGUCUUGCUUGUUCAGCUCCCAAGACAGAAGGAGACGGUUCGGCCAGGCCAAGGCCUAGAAAAAGUGUGUCUCUCCUUCUUGUGUUAAAUUUGAACCUCCGUAAUCAGCUGUACCCACAAGUGGGUCUUUGAGAGCCACCCAGCCUCUCCUUGUCCCUGGUCCACAAACCAGUGUUCUCCGUGUGUUUCCCCAUGUCGGCACCUCUCCCCCUACCCUCCAUUUGAUCCUGCUUCUAACUGCUGACCCAUUUUGAGAGCAUUAUUGCUGUAUCUUUUGGGGCCAGGACUAGAGAGAGGCAAGGGAGGCGUCACUCCUGGGCUUGGGCCUGUGCGGCCCCUGAGAGUGAGGCUGCCUUGCCUGGCUCUUGUCCCAGCCCUCUGUGUCUCCAGGGAAGAUGGCCUGUCGGGCAGUGCUGUGGGGGAAGGGGGCGGGGAAAUGACCAAAAGUACCGGUGUGUGUAUUAAAUAUUUUGGUAAUGAAGUGCCAGUGGCUCUCGGGUGUUCACUGUUUGCCGGCUCUGCCCUAGGAUGGAGUAGACAGUGGACACAGAAAAAGGGCUGACAGCCUAAGCGCAGGCUCCAGGGUGACAAGGAUAGAGGAUAGAGGGUGCAGCUGUUCCGUAUGCAGGUCUUGGCUCUCUGCAGCCAGCCUCCUCUCCUCCUGUUCCUGAUGUGCUUGUUCUGGCUGCCCCAAAUCCCUGGAUUUACCAGCCUAGCUCUUGGCAUUUCUGGCUGCCUCAAAGGCAGCAGCAUCAAUACAGAUGUCUUUUGCCAGAGGUGUCUGUGCUCAUCCUUGUCAAGUCUUAUGUGGGCUGUUGGAGCUGCUUCCCAGGACCACAAAGGUGGAGAGUUGGGGCUGCUUGCAAUUGGCGGGGACCAGAGGAGGUGGUCGUGACAACACUGAUGACCCGUGGGUGAGCCUGUGUGGGCCAGUGCAAUGGCCACCACAGAUCCCACCACAAUGAAACAGACUGUAUAGAUGCUGGUGGUGACAGUCUCAAAAGUGCCUGAAACCCACUCUGGCUUUGAAAGCAGGAGCCACUUGAGAUGUCUAAUUCCUCAGGCCUCCAGGGCAGAGCUGCAGUGGAUGGCAAGGUGUUCAGGUUCAGGAAAGCAUCUUUCAAGACUAGGUCUACCUGACAGCAUCACUCAGGGAGGCCACUAGAUGGCGCCAUCAUCCCAUGCUAGAGGCGGUGGCCUGGGCUCCCUUUCUGCUUCCAGUGGGUAGAGAGACUCCCUCACCUGCCCACUUUCAGGGGCAGGGUAGGGGGGUGUUGUUCUUUCCUGGGCACCCAUUCUGGAGGCCUCCUUGUCCCCAGCCUCACCAUGGACUGGCUUUGAGCCUCUUCCUCCUGAGAAAGGAGUAAUGGCGGUCCCUACCUCAGAGGAUUCCUGUCAGGGGAGACUUGUCAGUGUUAAACACCCUCCCUGCCCUCAGGGCUUUGUCUAGUUAGAGGAUAAGACAGGGAGAGGGAGAUGUUCAAACCAAUACAAGGAAAAAAAAACAAACAACAACAAAAAAACAAACAACCGAGGAGGGUGACUCAGGUUGAGAGAAUUUGUCCCUGAAGGGACAGGGCUGGCAGGAAGGCAGUCCCCAUGGCAACAGAGGAAUGACUGUGACUGCCCUGAAGGAAGAAUGAACAUGAUUUGGGUGUUGGGUCUGGUAAGGCAGUGAGGGGACGUGGACCAGGGAGUUAAAACGAACACGGUAUCAAGCCCCUAACACAUCAGGCACAGGGACUAGAUGAACAAAGGUGCAGGUCCUGGCUCUCUGCAGCUGGCCUCUUCUCCCCUGUGUUCCUGAUGGGCUUAUUCUGCACACCCUGGAUGAACCAGACAUUUGCUUGUGCCAGUGGUUCAGCGUGGCGCUAGGGAGAUGCAAAGGGCAUGGGGGGAGCUUGGGGCCCAGCCUCAGAAAUGAGGACUGGGGCUGUAGGUGGGUGUUUGGGGGCUUGGCCCUGAGGUCUGCCCUUGCAGAUCUGCCCACCUGUCUCCCAGGCCCAGGGACCUGUGUAGCUUUGGGCAUCGACUGUCCCUGGAGGCCUAGGACCCGCCUCUUCUCUGGGCCUCAGCACUCACUCGGGGCUAAUGCAGGAGCAUUACGUUAAUUAGUUAUUCAUUUAAUUUAACUUCACAUUUGUUCUCAAUUAAGCUUAAAGUGUUCUUCCUUAUAGAUGUUACAAUAGCACUUGUAAUUAAAAAGCAAUAACUCUUUGCAUUUCUCCUUUAGAGAUCCACUGGGAGGCUGGGCUGCUGAGGGGGGUGGCGGUGGGAUGGGAAGAUGUAAAGAAAAGAAAGGGAGAGCAGUUCUCGGUAGGUCUGAACACGCUGAGGCUGCCACAAAGACCCAGUUGGGGGGAAGGAAACAACAUAUCUUGGGUAUCGGGUGGGCACCCUGAGAACUGGAGAGUAGUGCUGGUGGCUCGGGGCAGGCCUUGUCUAAAAAGGCGCAGGGUACAGAAGAGGGAGAGUAGAGAAGGCAGUCCCUAUAGGUGGAAGAUGGGGGCCACAUAUUUGGUGGGAGGCAGGAUAUUGUCCCUCCUCCAGAGAGGUCCAUGUCCUAAUGCCCAGAACCAGUGGCUAUGGCAUCCUGCAUGGCAAACGAGACUUUGCAAUGUGCUUAAGGACCAUGAGAUGGGGAGCUAAUCUGGGAUGGUCAGAGUGGGCCCAGAGUAAUCAACAGGGUCCUUAAAUACUCAAAGAAGGAGGUAAAAGUGUCAGAUGUCAGGUUGCUGGCUUUGAAGAGGGAGGAAGGGCCAAGGAAAUACAGGCGGCUCUGGAGGCUGCAAAGCCACAGAAACAGGAUUCUCCCCUCAAGCCUCCCAAAUGUUGAGUUUAGCUUCAUGAAACCUCUUUCAGAUUUCUGACCUCCAGAACUGUAAGAUAAUAAAUUUACAUUGUUCUAAACGAC